CGAACCAACUACAUCACACCAACAAGCAAAAUGGCCAUCAUCUUGACUCUCCCCGACGAGUACGGCUACGUCCUCUUAGCCACCGUCUCCACCUUCUUCGCCAACAGCUUUCACUCCAUCAACACUGGCAUCCAGCGCAAGGCCGCGGGCAUUAAGUAUCCCGCCGCCUACGCCCCCCAGGAGGUGGCCGAGAAGGAUCCCAAGGCUUUUGCCUUUAACUGCGCCCAACGCGCCCACGCCAACUUCACCGAAAACCUUACCCCCGCCAUUGGCUCCAUGCUCAUCGCGGGACUCAAGUACCCCGUGCUCGCCGGCGCCCUGGGCGGCCUGUGGAGCUUGACCAGGGUAUUAUACACCAUUGGCUACACCAAGAAAGGACCGCAGGGCCGCACCAAGUUCGGCAUCGCCAGCUCGUUGAGCUUGUUGGCGCUCAAGUUGAUGGCGGCGUAUACGGCUGUGCAAAUUGCUUUCCAUUAGUGCGUUAAUCGGAGCUGGAGGGUUAGGGGUGUGCGAGGUGGUAAGGAAGGAAAACGACUAGCUUGAAGUAGAUAAAAUGGCAACAUAGAUGAAAGUGAAA